AAAAACAACAAAGAAUGUCAGAAAUGUCAUCAUGCCGCGUCCAGCGUGAUGCGUCAUCAUUAAUCGACAUGUUUUACGUUUAGUAAACACUUUAUAUCUAAGCACCAAACCGAGAGCGAACAACUUCAUGGAGGAUCUUGUAAAGGUUCAUGGAGGCGGUGGUUACGACUCUGACUUCAGCGAUGAAGAUGAGGGACAGGGAGAGUCCUCUGAUAGAGCUCUUAAAAGAAAACGUGAGGAGGAAAUCCAACAGAAGCCUUUCCAGAGAGAUCUGCACUCCAAGGCAGCUCACCGCAGCUUCCACUAUGAUGAAGUGGACAGAGAAGAAGCUAGAAACAGAAGAGCCCACCUAAUAUCAAUGAAUGCCUUUGAGCGACAUAAGAAGUUUGUUGGUGACUACAUUUUGUAUUACGGAGGACAGAUGGCCGACUUCAGACGCUCUGCAGCGAAAGACAAAACGGAUCUGGACGUGCUGCGUGAAAACCACCGCUUCCUUUGGAGGGACGAGGACGAGGAGGAGAUGACAUGGGAAAAAGAACUUGCCAAGAAGUAUUACGACAAGCUGUUUAAAGAGUACUGCAUAGCUGACCUCAGCAGAUACAAGGAAAACAAGUUUGGAUUUCGUUGGCGGACUGAGAACGAAGUUGUCUCUGGGAAAGGUCAAUUCCACUGUGGGAACAAACGCUGUGAGAAGGAGGAAGGCCUGAAGAGCUGGGAGGUGAAUUUUGCCUACGUGGAACACGGGGAGAAGAGAAAUGCUUUGGUGAAACUCCGACUUUGCCCUGAAUGCUCUUUCAUGCUCAACUACCAUCACAAGAGAAAGGAAGUGAAGGUAAAAACAAAAAGAGGGAUAAUGGAGGAGAACAGGGAGCCAAAGAAGAAGAGGAAGAGGAGGAAGAGAUCAUCGUCUAGUACUAAGAAACACAAACACAAGAAGAGGAGAGCCGAUCGCUCCACCUCUCCCAGCAGCUCCGAGUCACAAAACUCGGACAAAGACAGCGUUGCUGGGAACGAGCCAGACGGCCAAUCAGAAGCUGAUCACUGGCGAGGCCCCGCCCCCGCUGUGGAGGAAAAAUCAAGGGAGGAAGAGUUUGAUGAGUACUUUGAAGACAUGUUUCUUUGAAUCUGCUGGUAUCAUCGACGGCCCUGCUGUGACUACACUUCCCUUUGGAUCCCGCAGACAUUAACUAUGUUCUAUUUGGGUCUUGUGUGCAUGAAAUAAACAUAAUGUUUACCCUG